AUGGUCCUUGUUCCAGACUCGCCACAAUGGGACGCCACCAGCGAGAAAAACAUCCUACUGCCUUACAACCAUCUUUCCGAACAAACACAGGGCAAGAAUUUGCGAUGGCUUCUGAUCCAGACGUUCAACCUGGUGCUCAAGGUCCCCUCUGUGGACUUGGAGCGGAUCGAGGCUGUGAUUGACACCCUGCAUUUGUCAUCGUUACUGAUCGACGAUAUCGAAGACAACUCGCGGUUGCGUCGUAGUAAGCCGUGCGCUCAUCUAAUAUACGGCGUUCCGCAGACAAUAAACUGCUCCAACUACAUGUAUUUUGUUGCCAUGAGACAAUUGAACGACGCUUUUGUCGAGGACAAGAGACUAAUUGCCCAAAACAUCUUUUUGGAGGAAAUGAUCCAUCUCCAUCGCGGCCAGGGACUGGACCUGUACUGGCGUGACAAUAACGAGUGUCCCACAGAGGAUCAGUACGUGGACAUGGUGAUGUGCAAAACUGGUGGACUGUUCCGACUUAGCACCAAAUUGAUGAACCUGGUCUCGGACACCCCGUCAGAACAUCUGGUCACACUUAGCAACCUGCUUGGAAUCAUCUACCAGAUAAAAGACGACUAUCUGAACCUACAAUCCGACCUCUACAACCAUAACAAGGGCUACUGCGAAGACAUCACCGAAGGAAAGUUCUCGUUUCCAAUCAUCCACUCCAUCAACAGCAAUCCUGAUAAAAGCGAAUUAUUGAAUAUAUUAAAACUGCGGACAGAAGACCAUCAGCUAAAAGCUUAUGCCCUUCAUAUCAUGGAAACAACUAAUAGUUUCCAGUAUUGUCGAGACUCUAUCGAGGAUCUCAAACAUCAAGCGGAGCAAGUAAUCAAAAAAGUCACCAGUGACCCAUCGAUUGCACAGACUCUAUUGCGCACAUUGGACAAACUGUCGAGUUUGGAAACCGAUCACCACUAA